AGCAUUAUUUUGAUCUUUUGUAGGAAGUAGUUGAACACCCGUGGGACAACGCGAUUCAGGGUGGAAACAGAAGGCAAAGUGAGGCAAAUCCAGAACGACGGGGGAGUGUGACUGAAUAAUCGUGGAAACUUAAACAGAAAUUCUGGGUCAAGAUUCGUAGAACGUUAGGUAUCAGAACGAUGUGAGAGGAAUAUAUGGGUGAACACCAAACGGGCAAGGAAGAUUCGACGAAAUCACGAACACGUGGCGGGACGUGAAGCGGGCGUUGAGCCUGCUAUGUGUAAAGAAAUUCUCCGGCAGCGGCACGAUGCUGGAAGCACCGCCCGGAAGUCGGGAGGACCUCGUGGAGGCAGCACGAACACCAUGCACACCCACAGAUCUGGACACGAUGUUAUAUGGAUACACGAACAACAUAUAUGUGCUGGACCACACUCCUGAAUCGCUGCCGGACAUGGACAUGCUGCAACUGUUCGCCUCGCCGGCGGGACGAGCGUUGCUCACCAGUGACAAUCGGCGGAGAGGAUCGACGUCGACCUCCUCCUUGUCUCGAGAGUCCUCUUCGAGGCUGAAGAGAGGCAGAAGACCAUCGGGUACAGUCAGUGCGCCGACCACACCACCAAGGCAACGGAAAUCGAGCGCGGAACUGUACAAAGAAGCUGUCGAGAUUCUUGGUCUUACCUGUUCGUUGACCGAUAGCUGCCCAUGCAUCGAUUGUCAGAGUAAUUAUUUCGACUGCGACGAAGAUUUCGGCGAUGCGAGAACGGAAUUGGCUGCAGGCACGCCCAUCCUGCUGGACCACGCUUUGUCACAUCCAUUGACGUGUUCCAUACAGUAGCAGCUGAAUAUCGCGUUUCGAGUACGACUUUACAUCCGCCUGUUCUGCCAUCUGACGAAACGGAAAUCAUCGAGGUGUCGAGGAUCCAUCGGGAACGCUGAAUUCAGAGCAAAGUGGGAACGCGUGUACUUGAACGUGUACAGCGUGUACGUUUAACGCCUGUACUUUGAUCUCUGAAAACUCUCAAAACGAGAAGAUCGCGUGAAUUAGAAAAUAGAAACGAGUAUAUAAAGAGCUGAAUCUUAAAUACUGGUUUUUCAAUAAUUUCGUUAAAUAAUUUUGUAAAAGGAAGACGAAAAACUUUCAACGCGCCGAAAAUCUGCACCAAGGUCUUGAUUCUCAUCGAUAUGCUUCUGAAAAUGUUCACGCGUCUUCUUCCAACGUCUGAUAUUGCGUUCAUUAAGUUCUUCGGCGAUAUAAUAGAUUGUAAUCGAUUGUAUGUAUGUACGUGUACAGGAAACGCUAACGUUAUAUUAUAUUAUAUGAUGAAACGACGUGUUAAUAACCCUAAGAUUUUGUAUGUUUCAAUUGCGUUCAAUUGUAAAAUCGUUAAGAAUUUACUUGCUAGUAACAGACACGAAGUUUCGAUCGUACUUAACACAAGCGAAGAGCAGGGGUUUCCGACUUGGAAAACGCGAUCUCAUGUGAUUCAUUCGAUCAUCGUUCUCCUCUCGAUGGAACACGAUAUUAAUUAUAACGAUAAUUAAAAAAAAAGAAAAAAAGAAAAAAAAGAAAACGAGACACAACAAUCGCGAAUGAUAAAUAUAUAAUUUGUGGACAAUACAUCGUAACGGAAUAAGUCACUGCUCCGAUUGUUUCUCCUCUUUUUAUAUGAAACGAAGAAAAAGAUAAUAACGCAGGCUUACGUUAUUACGUAUCUAGGAAUAUCUAUGUACAAAAUAUGCCCCCUGAAUGUACAACAGUUUGCCGGUAAUCGCUCCUGGCUGCUAAAAAUUGAUGGAAACAAAUAUCGAGAUAACAAACAAACAUACAAAAAAAGAGAUAAAUCUAAAAAAUCGAAAUUCAUCGUUUCACGUUUUUAUUAUUAAAUAUUUCUAUAUAUAUUGUCAUCGAUACCGAAUAAAAAUAUCUAACGCGACCUUAAAUUUCGAGCAAAAAUUUCUGUGCGCGCGUACGGAGGAAAGAGAAAUAAAAUAUAUAAUAAAUGGUAUAUAUCGAAAAAAUACAAUAUGCUCGUCUGGCUCAAAUUCGACGAAUUUAUUUAUCGUCGCGAAACGAUACACAUGCCAAAUGAUAUAAAAAAAAUGCGCCAAAUUUCUAUAUUAAUUAGCGAUAACGAUACUAAAAAUAAAUAAUAAUAAUUAAUAUUUAAUGAACGAUAACCCUAAUAAUAAUACUAAUAUUAAUAAUAAAUUUCGAUCUAGUCGGAAGGUGUAACGUGAUUGAGACGUUUAUUAGGUAACAUUUAAAUCGUUUGUCGACGUACACGAUAUAUGAGGAUUAUAUAUAUAUAUGUAAUAUAUAAUAUAUAAAUAUAUAUAUAUAUAUUAUACACAUAUACGUGUAUACAUACACAUUAUAUUUACUACACGUUUUAUUAUUAUACUUAUUCGAUUAAGUCUAGUAGGGUAUAUAGGGUUGUUGAACGUUUAUGAGCUCGCAAACAAGCCAAACUAAGGAAAAGCUAAAAGAUGAUUAAAGAGAAAAAUGAAAACCAGAAAUAGAAGGAAAAAUAAUACUAAAGGAAGAAGCGUAACGCGUUGAUACUUAGAAUUUAUAUACGUGCAAAGAUCGAUACGUAUGCGUCGAACAUAUAUAUCUGUGUGAAUAAGUUUUCUGAAACCGAUGCUUUUCGUUAAGUGUUCCGCGUUUAAGUUAUUUAAACACGUCGACUGCCGUUUGCGAUUCUCGCCGAUGAGAGAGCAUCGUUAAUUUUAAUGACGUUCAGAAGUUUCUUCUUCAAACUUCGCCGUUCAGCUAACAAAAUUACGGUUUAUUCUGUCUGCCUGUAGUAUCGUGAACGUUAUUAAAAAACUCACGUCUAUUUCCUACAACGUGACAUGUAACUUUCGGGCAUGUGUAAUUACGAAUUAAAUAAUAUAAAGAGUGUUUACAAUUUCCUGCCAAGGUUUCGUUCGAAAUUUCAAUUGUAAAGUAAGAAGAAAAGAGGCAAAGUUUUAUUUGCGACAGUCGACGUAACACACGAGAAUCAUGACUAUGUAUAAGCGACGUAACGAUAAACGAAGCUAGGCCUGAGUUAUGUAAAAUCGUAGAUGGACUGAAAGAAAUCAAAAAGAACAAAUAUACGAAAGGAGAGAUAUUGUAAAAAGGGCUGGACACUUUCUUGAGUGCUUCUUUAUAAGAGAAAGAAGAAAGGAAACAAGAACAUGUAUUUACUUACGUAUAUCUAAAUCCGCGUAAAAGAUGAGUGAAACAAAAUGAGAGAAAAAAUCAUGUUUAAGAAUGCAAGUGCCAAAUUAAAAUUUAAUCGUGCGACGCUCGUAAGCUUAGUGGUUCGCUAUCGAAAUCUCUUCUUAAAUUAUCCGAUAGAUUACGAGUUAAGGGAAGAAACGACAUGAUAGGGCUGAAUAUUCGCAAAUUUUACCAAACUUUACAAAUCUUUAAACAUGUUAAACGCAUCGUGCUUCCUCUUUUAGAGGGAAAGGAAGAGGCAUGUCGAAUCUUCGAUAAAAUAAAAAUAGAUUCAAUAAAAAGAAGAUGAUAUAUUCGACCAUUUUAUAAGUAAUGUGGUCUUCCUAAGAGUCGAGUUUAAUAUAAUAGAACUCGCCAUGAAAGUUUUAUAAAAGGGGAAUAGAAAACUUAAAAGAAAGAUUGCAACUAACACAAGAUAUAUCAAAAUCAUAUUAACAUUGCAUUGGAGAAGCAUUUGAAAUUUACUUCUUUUUCUUUCAGAUAUAAUUAUAUUAUUACAUAAAUAAUAUUCUAUGUAUAAUUGUUUUUGAGUUAAACAUUAUACAUUCAUAUGUUAUCCUAAUUUUGACGCUGCUCAUACACGAAAAUUUAAAAAAGAACGUAUUGCUUAUAAAAUGACCUGAUAUACAUUAAUCGUAAAAAUAUCUCAGUGAACUUGAAACAAUUUGAUCAAGUUUUAUACAGCUCCAGCGACGAGUCCUAAGCUUCUACGUGUUUUAUUACGUUACCGUAAACGAGGAUGGGCUGAAAUGAAAAAGUUUCAGCCACGAUUGCUUUCUUUUUUACAACGAGACAAGCUGUCGUAGAGAUGAAAGCCUGUCACAUUUUACUGAUCCAUGAUCCCGCUACGUUUGUGGAGAGCUUUCAACUUUUUUAUCGCUGCCAUUUUUUCGUCGAAUUGUUUCGUGUAUUGUUCACGAAAAGAAGAAGACUUUUAAGAUAAUUUUUCGUUCGUAAUACGAGUUCAUUUUGUCUACUCGAAGAAGAUAGUUGUAGAGUCACGUUUGUAUAAUCAGAAAUAUUAUCACGACGUUGUUACGUGUAGAUAGAAGGGAAUUAAACGAUUUUUGAUCAACUAGUUACGAACGGAAGAGCGUCGAAGAAAUGACAGAUUUGUUGUAAAUUUAAUUCACAAGUAUCGUUACUUGUUAAAGCAGUUAGUAAUUCAAAGUUGUUGAGAUCUGUUCCACUUUUUUCAAAGUCGUUCUUGUUACUUGAGAAACCUCGCAUUUCCGCCUCUCUUCCAGUUGAAUUCAAACAGCCAAUCGACAUUCUAGGUCGUUCGUUUUGCGCGAUCGUCGAAUUGGCCUUCUCUCAUCGACGAAAGUAAAAGAGCAAUUAAGCAAUCUUUUUCCCAAGAAUAUUUGAGAGAAAUGCGUGAAAUCCUUGCAAAUGAUGUAACGAUCUUAAAAAUAAAAAGAUGGGGGAAAAUAAUACGUGGCUUCUAAUCGUUUUAUAGUAAUGUAAGCCGUAAUUAAGACGAGAAAAAUGAUUCUUGCAACACGCAGCGGCGUACUCUUGGAUAUGACUACUAUUAAAAUACGAUAAAAUAUAAAUCAUGCUCAUUUUA